AUGUAUAAAGAGGCGGUGAGCUCCUCCUCACUCCCCACCCUCAGCAUCUCGCUCACCGCACCCUCACUGCUCUCCGUCGACAUUCACAUGGCCUUCAACAGCCUCUCGCAGACCGCUGGAGUGGCGCGCGCCGCCGCAUCCUCGGCUGUUCCCAGUGGUCAGCCUACGCCCCAGACUCCCAACAAUCGUAACGGGGCUGGCCGUGGCAACAAGAAGCGCAAGUCCGCUGGCGCCAGCUCCCAGGAUGGCGUGCGCACCGCCCCCGCACCUCCUGUCACGCCGUCUAUCCACGCCUCUGGCUCCACCAUACACCAGCCUCUCACCCCGCGCUCGGUGCCCAACGGCAUAUCCGAGUACGCCAUCUCUGCCGCCGCCGCCGCCGCCUCUCAGUACUACAUCACCCAGCCGGGUCCGGUGAUUCAACCUACCGACGCUUCCGGUGGGCAGCCGCAGUACCCUUCGGGCCUUCUGCCCGGAGGUCAGGCCAUGCCUGCGCCCAUUCAGGCCGUGUCGUCGAUGCCACCCGCUCACACCACUGCACCCCCAGCGCAGCUUAUGCCGCCUCCGCCUCCGCCCGCAGGUCAAGCCGCGCCCGCGGCCACCUCGCUGCACGCCACCGCGGCGCAGCAGUGGGAGCGCUCUGUCAUGAGCCUCAGUACAAAGCUUGACCGCCUUGAACGGCUCACCGCGGGCUGCGAGAAGAUGCACGACCAGUGCCGUCUGAUCGUUCGUCUGGGCGGUGGAUUCGUUCCUUAUGCAGAGGUCCUUCCCAAGGGGUUGGCCGCAUACUGUACCGAUGAAUUCUCGAUCAGCACUCACGACAGGGACGAUCCCAUGUAUCGUUACCAGCACAAUGUGUGGAACAUUGUCUGGGAACACUUCCCUCAAUUCGAGGAUUACGUCGAGUUGCUCGUUGAGAGGCCUCAAGUACUCGGCCACAUCGCCAACUACCUCACACGUCUCGAACCCAAGGUUCGAGGCGACGACCUGACACGACUUCGAUCUCCGAUCAUCACUCUCGCAGGGAUCGAGGAUCCCGGAAACAAUCUGGCGAACAACAAGAGCGCGCGGGGGUUCAACAACCCACACACGGCCCGCCUUCUGACCCCUUACUACAAGCUCGACGAGUUCGAUAGGGACCCGACCGCCUUCUGCAACGACGUCAACAAUGGCGUCAUCCCGCUGCGCGCCAAGAACUUCUUUUCCGCCUUGUACAGUACGCGCGACGCUCUCCCCAGGCAACCUCUUCCUGGUUUGUUGAAAGGAGCACUCAUCGUCAAGGCUUACAAGGCGAUCUUUGCGAGUCCCAAAGCCGCAAUGCGCGGGGACGUUGGAGGCCUGCGUGCCCGCAAGUCAAAGGGACAGGCCCCCCUAACCAAAAAGUACCAUCUGACUGCUGAUCACUUCAGCCUGUACAGUGUUGUGUACGUCGCUAGUCUGGUGCGCUUCUGCCUUACCAGCGAGCCGGAAUGGAGCGACACCGACGGCUUCUGGGAUGUGCGUGACUUCGUGCUCAAGCUCACGCGCACGGCACAGAGCCAGAAGCAGUGGAAGGCGGAGACGACGACGUGGUGGAUCCAGCACCUCUUUGGCGACAUCGCCCUCACUGUCGACGAGGAGCGCACGCCCUUUGAUGACAUCCUCGACGCGGGCUCAGAUGAGGAGGUCCCGGAGGGUGGCAAUGACGGUGAUAACGGCGACGACGGCUUCGACUCAGAGUAG